GGCGCGGAGAAGGAGCGGUGCGGCGGCGUGGAGGGCGAUGGUCGGCGGUGGAGCGGCGCGGCGGAGCUGGGGGGCCGCGGUGCUGGUGCUGCAGGCGGCCUGGGCGCUGGGCGGCGGUCCGGUGCGCUACUCGGUGCCGGAGGAAGCCGAGGCCGGCACGGUGGUGGGGCGCCUGGCGCAGGACGUGGGCCUGGAGGCGGGCGAGGCGGAGGCGCGGCGCCUGCGGCUGGUGUCGCGGGGCUUGGGGGCGAGCGUGGAGGUGAGCGGGGCGAGCGGGGCGCUGGUGGUGAGCUCGCGGCUGGACCGGGAGGAGCUGUGCGGGAAGAGCGCGCCGUGCGCCCUGCGCCUGGAGGUGCUGCUGGAGCGGCCGCUGCGCGUCUUCCACGUGGAGGUGGAGGUCACCGACAUCAACGACAAUGCCCCGCGCUUCCCCGCCGCCUCCAAAAACAUCAGCAUCGCGGAAUCUUCUCUGCCCGGGUCGCGUUUCCCGCUGGAGGGCGCGUCGGAUGCGGAUAUCGGAUCGAACGCGCAGCUCUCGUACACACUGAGUCCUUCUGAGCACUUCGCCCUGGAAUUACAAAGAGCAAAUGACCGGAAUAUUAUUCCUGAUCUUGUAUUGAAGAGCCCGCUGGACCGCGAGUCGCAGUCGGAGCACCGCUUGGUGCUGACGGCGAGUGACGGGGGCAGGCCGGCGCUGACGGGCACGGUGCAGCUGCUGAUCUCGGUGCUGGAUGCGAACGACAACGCGCCGCAGUUCAACCAGUCGGUGUAUAAAGUGCAGCUGCCGGAGGACGCGGCGGAGGGGACGCUGGUGGCGCGGGUGGCAGCCAAGGACCCGGACGAGGGAAUUAAUAGCGAAGUGACUUACGGUGCCACCAACAUUAUUCCACUCAGUGGGAAAAAUUUGUUUUCUAUCCAUCCAGAGACGGGGGAAAUCAGACUCACAGGUGCCUUAGAUUUUGAAGAAGUCAGUGUGUUUGACUUUCGCAUUGAGGCGAGAGAUAAGGGGACACCUCCGUUAUCGGGCCACUGCGGCGUGGAGCUGGAGGUGCUGGACGUGAACGACAACGCGCCCGAGGUGUGGGUGACGUCGCUGUCGGUGCCGGUGCCCGAGGACGCGUCGCUGGGGACGGUGGUGGCGCUGCUGAGCGUGUCGGACCGGGACUCGGGUCCGAACGGGCGGGUGCGGUGCGCGGUGGUGCCGGCGUCGCCGUUCGGGCUGGUGGCGACGUUCGCGGGCUCGUACUCGCUGGUGCUGCGGGAGGCGCUGGACCGGGAGCGGGUGUCGGAGUACGAGGUGGAGGUGCGGGCGGAGGACGGCGGGGCGCCGCCGCUGCGCGCCAGGCGCGGGCUGCGGGUGCCGGUGUCGGACGUGAACGACAACGCGCCGGCGUUCGCGCAGGCCGUGUACACGGUGCUGGCGCGGGAGAACAACGCGGCGGGCGCGGAGCUGGCGCGGCUGUGGGCGCGGGACCCGGACGAGGCGGGCAACGGGCGCGUGAGCUACUCGGUGUGGGAGGGCGGCGCGGGGAUGGGCGCGGGCUCGGGCUCGGGCUCGGGCUCGGGCUCGGGCUCGGGGUGGCGUCCGGCGUCGAGCUACGUGUCGGUGGAGGCGGAGAGCGGGCGGCUGCGGGCGCUGCGUCCGCUGGACUACGAGGAGCUGCAGGUGCUGCAGUUCGAGGUGCGGGCGGUGGACGCGGGGGAGCCGCCGCUGUGCGGCAACGCCACGGUGCAGCUGUUCGUGGUGGACGAGAACGACAACGCGCCGGCGCUGCUGCCGCUGGCGGGCGGCGGGCCGGGGCCCUGGGCUGCGGGCGAGGCGGCGGAGCCGGCGUGGCGGGCGGCGGGCUCGGCGGGCUCGGCGGGUUCUCCGGGCUCGGCGUCGUCGUCGUGGUCGCUGUGGGCGCGGGCGGCGCUGGGUGCUCCGGCGGGGCAGGUGGUGGCGAAGAUCCGCGCGGUGGACGCGGACUCGGGCUACAACGCGUGGCUGCGCUACGAGCUGCGGGAGCCGCGGGGCGAGGGCCCGUUCCGCGUGGGGCUGUACAGCGGCGAGGUGAGCACGGCGCGGGCGCUGGAGGAGGCGGACGGCCCGCGGCAGAGGCUGCUGAUCGUGGUGCGGGACCACGGGGAGCCGCCGCGCUCGGCCACGGCCACGCUGAGCGUGUCGCUGGUGGAGGGCGCCAAGGCGGCGCUGGCGGCGGCGGGGGCGGGGGCGGUGUCGGCGGGGGCGGGGCCGCGGGCGGCGGCGGGCGCGGAGGGCGGCUCUGCGGCGGCGGCGGCGGCGGCGACGAACGUGUGGCUGGUGGCGGCCAUCUGCGCGGUGUCGAGCGUGUUGGUGCUGGCGGCGGUGCUGUACGGGGCCGGGCGCUGGGCGCCGCGGGCGGCCGUGCCGGCGGGGCCCGGGCCGGCGACGCUGGUGUGCGCCAGCGAGGUGGGCAGCUGGUCGUACUCGCAGCGCCAGAGCCGGAGCCUGUGCGUGGCCGCGGCCGGGGACGGCGCGGGCAAGAGCGACCUGAUGGUGUUCAGCCCCAACUGCCCGCCGCUGCCCGGCCCCGCGCCGAAGGAGACGCCGCACGAGCCGCCCUCUCUGCUCGACACGCCAAAACACUCCAAUCCUGACUGGCGCUACUCUGCGUCCCUAAGGGCAGGAAUGCAAAGUGCUGUGCAUCUGGAGGAGGCAGGAAUCUUACGUGGAGGACCAGGAGGGCCUGACCAGCAGUGGCCAACAGUCUCCAGUGCUACUCCAGAACCUGAGGCAGGAGAGGUGUCCCCCCCAGUGGGAGCUGGUGUGAACAGCAACAGCUGGACCUUUAAAUUUGGACCUGGCAAUUCGAAACAAGGUGGUCCUGGUGAGUUGCCAGACAAAUUCAUUAUCCCAGGAUCUCCUGCAAUCAUCUCCAUCCGGCAGGAGCCACCAAACAGCCAAAUUGACAAAAGUGACUUCAUAACCUUUGGCAAGAAGGAAGAGACCAAGAAAAAGAAGAAAAAGAAGAAGGGAAACAAGACUCAGGAGAAAAAAGAAAAGGGCAACAGCACCACUGAGAACAGUGACCAGUGAGGGGUUUAUAAUGAAAGAACCCCCUUAGCCAGUUUUUGUAAUAAUGGCAGAUUUCUCCUAUGUAGCAACUCCCAAUUUCUUCCUCCUGUUAACAAAUUUCCUGUACGUACAGACUUCAAAAAAUCCGCAGGAAAUUCAUGGUGUCUGUCUAAAUUGCUUAACAGGUUUUGUCUUGAAAAGCUUUAUUAAGUCUGGUGUUAACUCUUUUUCUCCACUCUGGCUUGUUUUCAGAAUCUAAAAAGCAGACACAAGUUUCCUUUCUCCUACGCCGAAAAGGAGAAUCUUCACAGUACAGCCAGUGAGAGGUUGGACUCUCUGCACUGUGGUUCCUGUGCUCCUGUCUUGAUGACACUUACAGGGCAGGUUUAAAAGUUUUAAUAUUGUGCACCCUGUAUCUGAUUGGAAAUCUUUGUGUGCAGAUGUCAGCUAGGUGAUAAGAAACCAGGUUGUAAGAUGCAAGAAGAGCUGGUAAAUACAGAACAGAGGAAAUACCUAACAAACAUACAUGUUCAGAGAUGUUCAGGCUGGGGAGGAAAUGUCUGAAAGGUGACCAGACUUUUCAAACUUUGAGAAGUCACUGUGUGGGAAUACUGAGUCUUACACACGACGUAUUGUACACACUCCUACAAAGAAAACCUCACAUUUACAGCUCUUUAAGAUACCAUAAAUGUUAUCUUUUUACCAAGCAAGCCAUUGGGAACUUGUCCCUGGGAGCCCUGCAUUACCCCAGCAAGGCCCUAAUGCUGUAGGGAGGGCUGGGCUGACAUCCCGGUAUGUGACUGACUGUGAUGCUCUGUGUCCCUGUUGCCACUCUUUGAUUAUUUUGCACAUUUUGUCUCUGAAAAGGUCAGAGUUUUUCCACGACACUUAUGCAAAAAGAGAGAAAAAAGAAAUGUUAACUAUGCUGUUUGUUAUCUGAGAUAUUUAUUUAUAAAGAAAUAUAGCUGUAAAUGUUAUAGAAAUAUGAUGCCCUUUAACCCAAACAGAAGUCAAUCUAGAGCCAUUAUAAAUUAAAAUUGCUGCUACUAAAGUGCUUUAGAAAAAUUGCCUGAGACAUCUGUAUUAUAUCGGCCACUUGCCAAUAACAGCUUUAUUCUGUCGGGUCACUUGGGGGCUGCCUCUUGCAUGUUAUUAAUGAAUACAAGAAUUUAAUUUUUUUGCAUUAAUCUGCACUUUCAAUACACCUUUGCAAACAAACUGUCCUAAUAUGAAGAAGCAAAAGCGAACUCCUCACGCAAAUGGAUUUACUAACCUGCUAGUUCUGUGCAGUACCUUGGUGUUACCUCCUACACACCCCUUUUCUGACUUUAAUUUUACUUUUUCUAUGAGAUUAUGGAUUUCUGACCCUAUUAACACUUAUUAUGUAAAAUUCAAGUACUGUAUGUAUGCUGUAUGCUCUUAUAAGAAUCCUGAAAUAUUUAUUCUGUGCUUGUGUAUGUGAAUGUCAAUGCAACUAUUAUUAGAGUGGACUUUAAGCUUUACCGUUGAAUGUAAAUUCAUUAUUUCUUUUUUUGUACACUUGUGAAAAAGUGGAGUAGUGUUAAUUUUUUAAGCCACUGUUGAUUAUCAGUUGUUCUUUUUUUUUUUUUGUGUAUGAAACACAAGUAAAAUAUCUUUCUUAAAUCAAGCCAUGCAUGCAUUCUGAGAUUCAUUGAAGCUAAAGCCCUGUGAAUUACUAAACCUAUAAUUGGAGUGCUAAAUGUGAUUGAAGAUGCUGGUAUAAAACCAAUACAUGUAUUUUUAAAAAGAAUAGAGCUGAUGAGGGAAUUCCAUGGAGUUUUCUACAUUACUGUACCUUCACAGAAUAAAGCUCAAGUGUUGUACUAAUUGGAACUGCGUAAGAAACUACAGAGCUCUCACAUUGCUGCCAGUCGCUCUAAUCUAGGAUCAAAGAGAACAACUGGAUUUCUUGAGACAUGUCCUGGAUGGUUGACGUUUCCAAACUGCUGACAGUUCAGAGCAGGUCAAUUAGUAUUCAUUUGAGAAACCUGAUGCAAGUCUUAAAUCAUCACAGAAGAUAAAGCUCUAAUAAAAGAAUGAAUCUCUCAAAGUGCAAACUGC